CUAAAACCAAAACCCUCGUCUGUCCACGAUCCACCCGACUCCGAGCUCUCCCCGGCGGCGAUGUCAUCCGUCUAUCAAUCAAAUGGCCUUCACUCAUCCGAUGCCGGAGCCGGCGGUGGCGAUGAUGACGUCACCUCUAUCGCACCUCCUUACAUUCUCCGUGAAACGCUAAGGGGUCACAAGCGUGCGAUCUCAUCCGUUAAAUUCUCCCCCGACGGUGCCCUAAUCGCUUCCGCCUCUGCCGACAAAACUGUCCGUGUAUGGUCUUCUACAUACCUUUCCCUUCACGAGGAACUCGUCGGCCACGACGAGGGCAUCUCCGAUGUGUCCUUCUCAUCCGAUUCACGCUACGUUUGUUCUGCCUCUGAUGACCGCACCGUUCGCAUAUGGGACGUUGAGACCGGCGUUCAAAUAAAAACCCUAACCGGCCACACCAACUACAUCUUCUGCUGCUGUUACAAUCCGCAGUCGAAUAUGAUCGCCUCCGGUUCUUUCGAUGAGACCGUUCGAGUCUGGGACGUGAAAUCGGGGAAAUGUCUUCGUGUUCUCCCGGCUCAUUCGGAGCCGGUCACUUCCGUCGACUUUAAUCGGGAUGGAUCUCUUAUUGUUUCUGGCAGCUUUGAUGGGCUCUGCCGGAUCUGGGACUCGGCUACUGGACAUUGUGUAAAGACCAUCAUUGAUGACGAUAGCCCUCCGGUUUCAUUUGUGAAAUUCUCGCCUAAUGGGAAGUUCGUCCUUGCCGCUACGCUUGAUAGCACGCUGAGACUAUGGAACUUCUCAACUGGAAAAUUUUUAAAAACGUAUACGGGGCAUGAGAAUUCGAAGUUCUGCAUUCCAGCAACUUUUUCAGUCACUAAUGGCAAGUAUAUUGUCAGUGGUUCAGAGGACAACUGCCUCUACCUAUGGGAACUACAAACAAGAAAGGUUGUCCAGAAACUGGAAGGGCACACUGAUACCGUCAUUGCCGUUUCUUGCCACCCAUCCAAAAACAUGAUUGCCUCUGGUGCUCUGUCAAAUGAUCGGACGGUGAAGGUAUGGGUUCAGGACGAUUAAUUGUAGGCUUAGUCAUUUUAUGGAUCAGUCAUGUAUGAAAUCUAUUGACCAGUCCAGAUUGUUUAUUUUGUGGCCUUAUGCUGAUGCUGCUUGCCUUGUUUUUAGCUGGAAGUAGAAUGGUCCAGCUGCCCUUGCUAGUUUAGCAUUAUUGUAGAUGUACGUUAAUUUGCACAACUAUUGUAGAUUUAUUUUAAAUGCAGCAAAAGAAGCUUUCUACAAUUGAAUUGUAUUGUCCUGUUGAUUGUCAUUUGAUUCUUCUUCACGGGAGAUGUUUUUCUACAUUGUCUAUUAGCUGGAGAAUUAAUCAGCAUGUGUUGUUUGCUU